AUGGCGAAUUCCUUAAUGCCUGAUCUGAAGGAGGCAAGUCGACACAUCACAAAAGUAUCAAUCAAUGAAGUUAACAUUAGUAACUACCUCUUGGAAUUUCAGAGAAACUUGGAUGAAUAUUCAAGCUCUACAUCAAGAACAGACAAGAUUGACCUUAUACUUCUCACACAUACCCGAACAUGCACUGCAGUUAUUGCACAGGCCAAGAUGCUCAAUUUGUACAAUACAAACAGAAGUGAUGGGUGCACAGGCUUUACUAGCACUUGUGAGAAAAAAUCAGAUAUAGAUGACUGCGAUUCAAACCCUUGUCAAAAUGGCGGUACCUGUGCCGAUGGCGUCAACACGCACACCUGUACUUGUGUAGAUGGCUAUGAUGGAGCUAACUGCGAGAAUAACAUAGAUGACUGCACUCCAAACCCUUGUCAAAAUGGUGGUACAUGUGCUGAUGGCGUUAACACGCACACAUGUACAUGUAUAGACGGGUAUGAUGGAGCUACCUGCGAGAAUAAUAUAGAUGACUGCGAUCCAAACCCUUGUCAAAAUGGCGGUACCUGUGCCGAUGACGUUAACACGCACACCUGUACUUGUGUAGAUGGCUAUGAUGGAGCUAACUGCGAGAAUAAUAUAGAUGACUGCACUCCAAACCCUUGUCAAAAUGGUGCUACAUGUGCUGAUGGCGUUAACACGCACACAUGUACAUGUGUAGAUGGCUAUGAUGGAGCUAACUGCGAGAAUAAUAUAGAUGACUGCGAUCCAAACCCUUGUCAAAAUGGCGGUACCUGUGCCGAUGGCGUCAACACGCACACCUGUACUUGUGUAGAUGGCUAUGAUGGAGCUAACUGCGAGAAUAACAUAGAUGACUGCACUCCAAACCCUUGUCAGAAUGGUGGUACAUGUGCUGAUGGCGUUAACACGCACACAUGUACAUGUGUAGACGGCUAUGAUGGAGCUAACUGCGAGAAUAAUAUAGAUGACUGCGAUCCAAACCCUUGUCAAAAUGGCGGUACCUGUUCCGAUGGCGUCAACACGCACACCUGUACUUGUGUAGGUGGCUAUGAUGGAGCUAACUGCGAGAAAAAUAUAGAUGAUUGCGAUCCGAACCCUUGUCAAAAUGGCGGUACCUGUGCCGAUGGCGUCAACUCGCACACCUGUACUUGUGUAGAUGGCUAUGAUGGAGAUAACUGCGAGAAUAACAUCGACGACUGCGUUACAAACCCUUGCCAGAACGGUGGUACUUGUAAUGAUGGUGUCAAUAUGCAUACUUGUUCGUGUGUAGACGGCUAUGAUGGAAGUAACUGCGAAACUGGUAUGAUUCCAUUUUAUCUAGCUGCGCUGCCAGACUUCAGUUGA